CGUAAAUCCAUCUUAACACGUUUACCUAACGAAUGAUACUAAAAUCUUGACAUUUUUUAUAAAUGACAAAAAGUAUAACUUAAAAUGAUAAUAUUUCCCCGUUGAACAACGCGAGGAAUGAUCCGAACAAUACUGAUCGCAAGAUAGAAAGCUUGAAAUAUUUAUUCGCGCAAGCGCACGAUCAUUUUUUUCCAACGACUCGCUUUCUCCAAUUUUUAACAAAGUUUAGUUUCGAUGAGAACUUACUACUCGUCCCUUUCAUAAAGGGAUAAAAGAACAAUCGAUAGCGGAGAAGUUCAGAAUGACGACGAAAAAGAAGGACGAGUAUGAAAUCGAGGUGAAUUAUUUAAAUCGAGUCUGCGGCAAGUUGCUCCAAAUAUUAGGCAUUUCUAAUCAUUCGAAGGAGCCUACUUCCUUCGUCGUAAGAUUUACAAAGUUCCUUUCUAUUUUGGUUUGCUAUGCUUUGAUUGUCUUCUUCCUCGUAACUACGAUACUUCACGCGGUACUGGUUGAACAAAACGUUCAUAUAAAAGUAAAAAAAAUGCCAUUACUCCUCUACAACGUGUUACUUCUCAUCAAGUACAAUUGCUUAAUAAUGAGACGAAAACAUAUCGAACGAUGCAUGAAAUUAAUCGAAAAAGAUUUGACGAGAGUCGUGAAUCUUUAUCAUCGGGAUAUAAUAUUGGAAAAGACAAAGUAUGGAAAGCGUUUGUUCAUUGCCAUAUGCGUUUUCCUUCAUAUCACUGUUCUCUUCUGGCGUCUUUUACUACCUCUUAUCAAAGGGAAGAUCAUCACUGCUGAAAAUGUUACGAUCAGGCCAUUACCUAGCCCUGGUUAUUAUUUUCAUCUUAUCGACGAUCAGGUCAGUCCUUUCUACGAGAUUAUAUUUUUCCUCCAAUGUGCGGAAGGUUGUGUUACGAUUUAUACGAACAUCGUGAUAUGCACCCUCGCCGUCAUUUUCGUCGUGCAUGCAUGCAGCCAACUCGAAAUAUUUAUCGAUCUUCUCGAGGCCGUCGUUACGUGUACAAAAUCCACUGAAAAAACCAUUGAAGAAGAGGACGUUAAUGCGAAAUUGACAAUUGCCGUGAAACAUCACACACGAGUACGAAACUUUCUUCAAAUAAUCGAAAGUACUAUGAAUCCGUUGUAUUUCAUGGAUAUAUUUGGAUGUAGCAUAACGCAAUGUUUCUUGGGUUAUUGUCUGACAAUUGAAUGGGAUCGUCAAAAUGUGAAGAAUGUUUUACCAUACAUCAUUUCCAUCGUGUCUCUCACAGUUCAAAUCUUUGUAUUUUGUUACGUUGGCCAGCAGCUCAUGUUACAGGUAUUUUUUUUUUUUUUUCUAUCAAAGAAGAAAGUAAACAACAAUUUCUUCUGUGACGAGAAGGUAGCUUUGAAAACUUGCGUACUCGAGUGGCAUCGCAUUCCGUAUAAGAAAGCGAGGAACAUCAUACCGAUAAUAAUUCUAUCGAAUCGUCGCAUGAAAAUCACUGCAGGAACCAUAAUCGAACUUUCUCUUCAAACUUUUGGACAAAGAAGGAUGUGCUCGAAGGAGAAUUACGAGGAUGAUUUGCGUUAUGCGAUCGAGCCUAAUCGUUACGUACUUCUUUCUCUCGGAAUCCGAAUAACGUAUCAGCAAGUGGACAAGCGAGAAUCGUUCUUACUCAAAAGUUCGCGAUUACUUUUGAUCCUUCUCAAUUUCGUCAUUAUACUUUACGUUGUGAUACCUGGUUUUCUACAUAUCUUUUUAAAAGAGACGAGUACAUAUGGAAAGAUUCGAGUGAUCCAACCCAUCCUGUAUUCCUCUAUGACCCUAGCGAAAUAUACUGUACUCGUCUUUUGUAUCGAGCGAACGAAUAUUUGCUUAAAGUAUGUGAUAGAGGACUGGAAAAACGCAGUGGACACUUAUAUCCGAGAUACGAUGAAAAAGAAGGCGAUAAUUGGAAGGCGUUUUUUCAUUAUAUGUGGUUCGCUCAUGUACGGAAGUGGCAUACUCUUUAGAGGUAUCAUACCUUUAACCAGGGGGAAGAUUACGAUCAAUGAGAAUCUUACCAUCAGACCUUUACCUUGUCCUUGCUAUUUCCUCUUCUUCGAUCCACAACUUAGUCCAGCUUACGAGAUCGUCUAUUUUCUUCAAUGUCUCUCCGGUAUGGUCACAUAUUCGAUCACAACCGCUGUAUGUGGACUCGCAGCUUUCUUAAUUCUACAUAUUUGCGGACAACUCGAGAUCUUGGUGAUGUUGAUGGAGAGGAUGGUCGAAAAAACGAAUCUUCCGAGUGAGAAGGUGAACGCCAAAAUUGCUCUCGCCGUUGAACAUCAGAUAAGAGUUCGGGGCUUUUUACGAGCGGUGGAACAUACGCUGCAACAAAUUUGCUUGAUCGAAAUAAUGGGAUGUACCCUGAUGGUAUGCCUGUUGACCUAUAACAUAAUGACGGAGUGGACGAAUCAUAAUCUUGCUAUUGUUUUCAUGUACAGCAUAGCAUUAUCCUCUAUUAUAUGUAACAUAUUCAUAUUGUGUUACAUUGGCGAACUACUGACGUUACAGGCGGAAAAAGUGGCGAGGACAUCGUGCACUCUCGAUUGGUAUAAUCUACCUUCGAAGGAACUAUCGGGUCUCGUUUUGGUGAUCGCAAUAUCUAAUCGUCCAAUGAAGAUCACCGCUGGAAACAUAGUCGAACUUUCCCUUCAAACUUUCGGUAACGUCAUCAAAACAGCCGCAACUUAUUGCAAUAUGUUACGAGCCGUUACAUCGUGA